AUGUCCUCGUCUUCAACCUGGCAAAUUCCUGCCUCAUUCCUGCAAUCCUACUCCAGCCUCGAAUCAUACCCUCUAAACUUGCUCCGACAAACAUCGUAUCCAGCAGUAUCAGAGGCGUAUGCAAGCAGACUGCAAAAUGCAUCUGCGACUCUUUUCACCGACAAGGAAGAAAGUAUCCAUGUUCCAGUCCGCGAGUUCAUAGGGCAAACCUGCAACAAACGUAACAUAUUGAGCGAUCAGAAAUUGAAGCUGUUCCUUGGAGAUGAUUCCAUGCCGGAUCCUUUGGCACCAUCGACACAGGUUGGAGUGCCAGUGACUAAGAAAGAUCCAAUAUGCCGCUUUAUUUUCCUUUGGGCGGGAGACUCUCGGGAACCUCUGAAAAUAAGCCGACGCAUGCUUCUUCGAAUCCUCACUUACCACCAGGUGAUGAUGCAUUAUCUCGACUUCAUAUCCGUUUUUGGGUCCCAAAGCGAACAAAGGGAUUUAAGAUUCAGUGGGUUCAAAGAGACCUCUUUUCUGAGCAGUCACCAUGGCGGCCAAGAGAUAACUAGUCUAGGCCGUAGUGGGAGACAGUAUCAACUAUGCUUCAACCUGAAGGGGGUUUCAUGCUUGACGCCGAAAGAGAAGGUGGUGAAAAACAAAUUGUGGUCUAUUCGUCAGGCAGCUCUCCAUCAUCAAUUCGAUGUCCAAACUGGAAAUACUUUAUGGAUGAUUGCUAAGGGUGACUUGGAGCUGAAAGAGCGGAUUGAGGUUUUCACGGGGCCGUAUGGUAAGCCAGAGGACAGAGCUUUUGGCACUGUGGAAGAAUGCUUCAAAUCUAGCCUUGCUGUUCAUUUGUUGCAGUGCCACUGGUCUACCGAAAAUUGGCGAUGGUAUAUUCAAUGUUUGGAAGCUGUUAUGGAAAGCAUUACCCACCUUGCUGUCAAUGGUGCCCGAGGCCUCACGGAAGCUCAACGAAUAUUCACGCCACAUGAUUUGCAGGCUGUACAAAACUGUGAAGACAAGACUAAUGAAGCAAUAAUGGUAUUGCAAGCGAAUUCUGACGUUCUUAAUUCCCUCCGGAGAUUUUACGAGCGUCUACGUGACAACAAACAUUUCCCACUCGCAGCCGCUUGUCACGAGGAUGUCGUUGAAUUUUCCAUGCAGAUCGAAGAUAUGGUCUAUGACUCCAACAUGCAAGUUGCGCGAGCGAAAGUUCUUGUGCAGAUCACAGAAGAUAGGAAAACCCUGAUUUUGCAACACCUACAGAGCCAAGCCACCGAGACGAUGGAGAUCUUGACAAUAAAGAUGCAUAAAAUUGGUGCCUUGUCUCAAAAAGAAGCUAUCGCAAUGCGUAUUGUAACCGUUGUCACUCUGAUCUACCUUCCAGCUACGUUUGUUUCGACUUUUUUCAGUACCGAUGUUGUUAAAUAUCAAACAGAUAACGGCCGCACAUCUUUCUCUGAUCUUGCCAUGUGGAGAUGGCUAGAGGUUACCUUGCCAUUGACUGUGGUUACCCUAGGCAUCGGAUAUGCGUUCGUCAAGUAUGAGGAGAAGAGGAUCAGGAAAAUGGCGCUACUUCCUACCACAAAUGACUUGGUAAAAGGUCUCGGGCCUUGAUCGAAUAAUUCGGGGUAGAUUGUCGGAUGAGAAGAACAACACCCGGGGAGAGAUCGGUGCACAGUGGCAAGAUGUAGAAGCUUUGAAAUGCGGUUGGGUAAUCGACGAUUAAGAGGAACCGGUGAAACUGGGGAGCCUGGGGAACCAUAACAGCUGAAAGUGUGACAACAAAUUGAUAUUGAGUGUAAGAAAUAAUUCUGUAGACUGCAAAGAUCGAGAAUAUGAAAUCAGGCAGGGGAA